ACCCAGAUCCAACGGAAGCGCAUCCAUCCGCCCUUCUCUUUUAACAAGCCAAAACCCUAGAGUUGAUCCUCUUACUCUAGCGCCGUCGCCCUCCUACACGCCCUCGCCUCUCCGCCGCCAGGCCACCAGCAGAGAACUCUCGGCUUCUCCCCCCCGAGGUUAGGUAAGGAUGGUGAGGGUUAGCGUCCUGAAUGAUGCUCUUAAGAGCAUGUACAAUGCUGAGAAGCGUGGCAAGAGGCAGGUCAUGAUCAGGCCCUCUUCAAAGGUGAUCAUCAAGUUCCUCAUAGUCAUGCAGAAGCACGGUUACAUUGGUGAGUUUGAGUACGUCGAUGACCACAGAUCUGGCAAGAUUGUUGUUGAGUUGAACGGCAGGUUGAACAAGUGUGGAGUCAUCAGUCCCCGCUUCGAUGUUGGUGUCAAGGAGAUUGAGGGAUGGACUGCUAGGCUGCUUCCAUCUCGUCAGUUUGGUUACAUUGUCCUGACAACCUCUGCUGGUAUCAUGGAUCAUGAGGAAGCCAGGAGGAAGAAUGUUGGUGGCAAGGUGCUAGGCUUUUUCUACUGAAUGGGAAUUUUGUGAAAGGAUUUUAAAUUGGUGAGGUAGAAUGUUAUCCCAGGACGUCAGAGGUGUCUCUGCUUUUUGCCUACAUAGCUGCUAUGGCUUUGUUAUGUUAUGUUGGAUUAUCUUAAGUAUAAGAUGCACUUAAAAUUUCAAAGCCUGUUGUAUCUGCAAUGAAUUAUUACUUGAGGGAUGGUGUUAUGUGCUUUUGCCAUGUUUUACCAAGAUGUGCUGUAUUUUUAAAGUUCCAAAACAUGCUGAUGCAGGGGACGUUAAUAUGUCUAAUCGGGUUGUGCAUCUA